AUGAUGCGUGGAGCUCCUGCUUUAUACGUGGUGGUUCUACUCUUGAUCGUCUGCGGGAGCCACAGUCAAACACCUUCUUACACAUGUACCCCUCAGCCAGGUGUUCGCCCUACAGCGGCUUCAGAGCCCCCAUUUCCUGUUGUACCAAACACAUUUUCUACUAAACUAGAGGCGAUUAUUGUGGAUGGCAAUGAGACGGUCUCUGCGGAAGAAUACUUCGACGAAUACAACAACAGAGCCGCUCUCUUUAUGUUACGAAAUGAUCAGAUCAGCAAACUUAUCUUUGAUUACAACACAGAGGAACUAUUUUACGUCUAUCCUAACGGCACAUGUAAAACCACCAAUCUGACGACAGACGACAACAAUCUGUUGUUUGGAAACGUUAAAAUAGAAGGGGGACUACACGUGUUCUCAACAAACGGCGCCAUUCAUUUCUCACAAAAAUACGGACAGACAUACAUGGGUAAAAAGGUGAUACGAGGAAUAAACUGUGAUAUGUGGAGAACGUGUCUCACCUGGCAACCACUACAGUCCACCUUUACUCUGGACUACUACUUCACAGAUCAGAAUUGGUUGUCCUCCUCUGGCUACUCUCAAGUUCCUGUCCGAGCUGAAAUAUUUGGGAUACAACAACAAUCAGGCGCGAAUCCCAGACAGUUCCAUCAUAUAUACGACUACACAGACUUCACGACAACACUGGAUCCCAAAACAACAGUGUUUGAGACUCCCCAUUUUGUCACCUGUAGUAACCGGAUUCAGCUGAGAAGCGUACCCUCGCUGAAGUCCGCCUUUUCGUACAGAGAAGAAAUAAUAUCGUCGACAGGAACUACAAGUAACUCAGACGUUUGGUUUGACUCCAAAUUCAAACUGAUGAGAUUAGAUUAUCGGCCCCCUUCUGGUUCCCCACCUUACUACAGCAACGACACAAUCACCGAGAUACACGACUACACCAUAGGAGUGGCUUACGCUAUGGACAAGGUGAUGCAGAACUGUUCGAUCAUUCCUAUACAGAACGCCUCAUUUGAUGCCUCUAUUACUAAUGUAUCAACUGGUGCCACCAAACAGCAGUUUAUUCUCAAGAUGAAGAGUCCAAAUGACUUGUUUUUCCUUGACAAUAACUACACAUAUACUGGGAGACGUAAAGCCCGUGGUUUGAAUUGUGACGUUUUCAUUCGCACUCGCGAUGAUUAUCCUUUGGGACCCUUCAAAGUUCAUGCGAUAUUGGAAUUUUAUUUCCUCGCUAAUGACCAGACAGAACAGAAUAACGCCGGAGCCUUAACUCAAUCCUCGAAGGAUGUUCCAAUUCAACUUAAUGUCAACAUACCAGGGGAAUCUGUUACUUUGACCUAUAACAUUUUCAACUUUGACCCCGAGGAUCCAGAAGUCACUAACUUUGACGUCAGCACUUGUUUUGCAGCCGAUCAAAAGAUUACUUUCAAACUGACAUAUUAUGGAACGUUUGACGCGAACGUGAUGUCUUACAAGCAAAUCUUUUUAUUCCAAACAAUUUCGGCUGUGGCAAAUGCUGCGGCAGUUACCCCGUUACGAGUCUCCAAUCCCACAAUGUACAUGCAGUCGUCACAGGCGUAUUUCGUGGCGACCUUACUGGACAAGGCCCCGGCAAUAAUGAGGUAUCAGAAAAUUCCUGGGAAAGUUGUUCAGUUCCACAAUGACGCCGUUAUUGGUGGAAUUACUUCCGCUUCCGAUUGCGCAGACACUUGUCAGACCUUCGGAAAUUGGACCUGUAAUAGUUUUGAGUACUGUGCGUCGUCACUGACCUGCACGCUCAGUAAAAUUCACACGGCUGACGGUACCGUGACAGAUUCUACACAGAUGUGUGAUCUCUAUGACAGGACACUCGGCACACCAAGUUUUGCCGAAACACCUCUUCAGACAGCUUGGAACAACCUAAGGAAUACAGUUGUGAAGAAAAAUUUCAAAAUAAAAGUACAGUUUGAUAAAAGCAUUCAGAUAUAUACCGCUCAAACCAUCAGCAACAACAUUCUGGACAAUCCAGCUCAAGCCACAGUCUCUACAAAUGUUAUGAGUAACUUUAAACUGAUGACAAACAAAUUCGUCAAAAAUUUUGACAUCGACAUUCUGUCUGGUAUCUCAGUAGACGACUGUGCGCAGGCGUGUAUGACGGCAUUGAAUUAUGUUUGUAAUUCAUUUGAAUAUCAAUAUGCAACAAGUUAUUGUUUGUUGUCCACACUUCACCCUGAUGAAAAUCCUUCCUUGAUACAGCCGAAUGUUGGAGUCGACCUGUUUAUUCGUGACUAUUCUAACAAGUUUAUCGAGACUCCCGGAACAACAGUUCUUUCAUCAUCCAAUGCAGUUUACCAACAGAUCUUCGACACAAACCAGUGUGCUAAAUUUUGUGUUGACUACAAGGGAUUCAACUGCAAAUCCUUCGAUUUCUGUCCAGAUAUAGGAACUUGCUUUUUAGGAAAAUCGCACGUCUAUGAUGUCCCUAAGGCUCAGAUUAAACUAAAUCCCAUGUGCAAUCACUGGUCAAGGAAGUACAUCGAUGACUUCAAACAAAGUAAGCUUAAUGUGAAUAUUAAAAUGAUCAACGAUCGUGUUAUAACUGGAAUAAGUGUGAACCAAUGCGCAAAAUCCUGUGUGGAUAUGGAAGGCGGAAGUUGCGCGUCGUUUGCAUUUUGUAACACCGGGUCAGAGUGCAGAUUGAGUACUUCGGCUCUAAGUAAUGUGGGACAGGUUGGACCAGCGGCUGUAGCAACAUGUACUGUCUACAGCAGAAAGUCUUUCCCUGACGGCACGCCAUACAUUGCUAAUCCACAGAAAUACUAUGGAAACUUGAACAAAGCCUCUACAGGCGGGAUCUCUAAAGGUGGCGCAGCAGGCGUAGCCAUAGUGAUGAUUUUAGUAGGGAUCUUCCUAACGGGUUUAGUUCUUUUCCUGUACGUCAAAUUCUACAACAGAGGAGGGGACGAUAUGACGAUCAAAUUUUCCCGCCAAGUGGACGAUGAAUAAAUACUCAUCAUUUCACGAAAUCUCACCAUCCCAGUGGAUGCAGUAUGCAUAAACCAUUUUCUGUAUCUGAUGAGCACAUGUUACUCGUACACAGCAUUACUAAAUGUGCAAUAUCAUAAAUGUAUUUCAUUCUGUUGUAGUCUGUUGGAAUUAUAUC